AUGAGCAGGCAGAGCCUGUCCAGGGGCAAAGUACAGGCGGGGACUCAGCGCUGGGCCCCUGGGGCUGGUAAAGCGGCUCCGGGUGUGCUGGGAGGGCUCCAGCCUGUGGCCAGGGAGCGUCAGCCUGCACAGGUUCUUCUGACCCCUGCAGGGGUCUGCCUUGGGGACAGCCAGCGGGGGCGGGAGCUGGCUCAAGGGGCAGCGAUGGGUGUGCAGGUUGGGCAGGUCCUGGUGCCUGUGGAUGCCCCCGCGGCUCCUCUGCCUCCCCCACACUCUGACAGGGCCCAGGCUGCCCUGUGCAGACGGGAGGACUCAGGUGAGACCCUCCUGAGGGGCCCUGCCCCUCUGGGCCUAGGGUAUCCCCUUCUCUAG